GCAGCGAGGUCCCAGGCUGGAAUGUUUGCGGCUGCGCGUCGCGGGCGGGGCCUCUGGGGCGGAGCGGCCACCAUCUUGGAACAGGAGGCGGAGCAGAGCCGACUGGGAGCGACCGAGCGGGCCGCCGCUGCCGCCAUGAACCCCGAAUAUGACUACCUGUUUAAGCUGCUUUUGAUUGGUGACUCGGGCGUGGGCAAGUCCUGCCUGCUCCUUCGGUUCGCUGAUGACACGUACACGGAGAGCUACAUCAGCACCAUCGGGGUGGACUUCAAGAUCCGAACCAUCGAGCUGGAUGGCAAAACCAUCAAACUUCAGAUCUGGGACACGGCGGGACAGGAGCGGUUCCGGACCAUCACGUCCAGCUACUACCGGGGCGCUCACGGCAUCAUCGUGGUGUAUGACGUCACCGACCAGGAAUCCUACGCCAACGUGAAGCAGUGGCUGCAGGAGAUAGACCGCUAUGCCAGCGAGAACGUCAACAAGCUGCUGGUGGGCAACAAGAGUGACCUCACCACCAAGAAGGUGGUGGACAGCACCACGGCCAAGGAGUUUGCCGACUCCCUGGGCAUCCCCUUCCUGGAGACCAGUGCCAAGAAUGCCACCAACGUGGAGCAGGCGUUCAUGACCAUGGCGGCCGAGAUAAAGAAGCGGAUGGGGCCCGGGGCCGCCACGGGGGGCGAGCGGCCCAACCUCAAGAUCGACAGCACCCCUGUGAAGCCGGCGGGCGGCGGCUGCUGCUAGAGGGGUGGGGGGGCAGAGGGCGCCUUCUCCAGAUGAUGCUCCUGGAGGGGCGGAGGGGCCUCCCUCUCCUGGGGCGUUUGAGUCUGUGGCUUUGGGGUGUCCUUGGCUCCUCAUCUCCCUCUGGCCCAUCUGCCUGCCACCCUGAGCCUCGGUUCUACCAGGGCCCCAAGGAGGACACCAGGCCCGGGGCUGGGCAGGGGCGGGCCUUGCUCUGCUGCCGCCUCUAGAAAACGUUAAAAGACACCCCAUGUUCACUCUUUGGGAUGAGGGCCCCUGUCUGUCUCCCUCCCUGGCCCCCAUGUAUGCUGCAGUGGGUUUCUCUUUAUCUUUUCUCCCCUGCCCAGCCCUUCCCCACAAACCGAGGGCCGCCCAGGCCUCUGCUGCCCAGGCUGUCAGUGCCCAGGUCAGAAAUGGGACCGGGGGACCAGGGCCUGGGAUCCAGGGUCCUAGGUCAGACCUCAGGAUGGGCAUGGGGGUCCCAGGGGUCCCACAGCUCCCCCUUUCGCCGCCUUCCUACUGCUCCUCCCACCCCUCCCACACUCACAGCUCCAGCCGUCCAGCUGCAGUGAGGUCUGAGCCCAUCGAGUGCAGGUGGGCGGGCAGCUAGCUGGGCCUGUGUCUUGUGCCCUGCCGGAGCCAGGCCCAUGUGCCGCCUGCCCACCGCGCCCCUUUGUGCUCAGGCAGGCGGAGGUGGAAGGCGCACAGUGCCAGAGCUGGGCACAGCCUUAACCCUCACUCUGCCGCACCUCCCUUCCCCGGGCAGCACAGUGGCUUCCUCCCCUCGGAGCCUGCGAGGGCACAUCCUCAUCCUCUGUUGCUACUUCUCUGGGGAAUGUGGGUGCCACCCAGGGUUGGGGGCCUCUCUCCUCACCCCCUCCCACCCAGGAUCCUAGCCCUGCCUCUGGCACAGCUUCUCCCUGCAAAAACCUUCGGUCUCCACCUGACAAGCCAUGUCCCUGUGCCCCGUGCCCUGCCUGUCCCACCUGUGCCCUGCCUCCCAGCUUGUAUUUAAGUCCCCGGGCUGCCCCUUAGGGCGCCCCCCCCCCCCAGGUUCCCCUCCGGUGUCAUGUCAGGCAUUUUGCAAGGAAAAGCCACUCGGGGAAGACAGAAAGGACAAAAAAAUAAAUUUCCAGUGGCCCUCGGGCGAGCUGAGGGUUUUUGCAAGGAA